GACAUCUGCUUGAUCUACGGAUACGGAUACGCUUGAAAUGAGUGAUUGGAUUACAUUAUCCUUGCUGGCGGUGGUACUGCUGGCGUGUUGGAUCGGUUGGCGGUUGAAACACUGGAAACACUAUCGAACAUCCAGCGACCUAGAUGGUCCCCGGGACUAUCCACUGAUCGGUAGUGCGCACCUGUUCCUUGGCAAAAGUACGGAGGAACAGUUCCGGUGCAUCAUCGAGAUCAGCCAAACGUACCGAUCGCCGUGCCGUGUCUGGCUCGGUCCGAAGCUGUUUGUGUUCAUCGACAACGCGGACGAUCUGCAAACGGUACUGACCUCGGCCAGCUGCCUCGAGAAGGCGGACGUGUAUCGGUUCUUCAAGUGUGAAGCCGGUCUCUUCUCCGCCCCGGCGGCCGUAUGGCGAACGCAUCGCAAGUAUCUAAGCCCAUGCUUCAACGCCAAGAUACUGGCCAGUUUUGUGUCGGUUUUUAAUGAAAAAAGUGUCAUACUCGUGAGUCAGCUAAGGUCACACCUGGAUCAGCGCACACCGUUCAACGUGUACGAGUACAUCGCCAAGUGCACGUUAGACAUGAUUUGUGCGACGACCCUAGGUACCGAUAUGAACCUCCAGAACGAGGAAGGUGACGAGUACAUCGCGGCAAUUGAAAAGUGCUCGGAGUUGCUUAACCAUCGGCUGUACAAAGUGUGGCUACACCCGGACGCUAUCUAUCGACUGACGGACGCCUUCAAAGUGCAGAAGCAGUGCUACGAUACGGCGUACAAGAUGUCCCGUAAGGUGCUCGCCUUGCGGACCACAGAGCUGCGCCAAGUUACCCAGCAGGGUACCAGCGCACGGUCGUCCUCGACGGUGGACGUGCAGCUGCACGAGGCUGCCGAUGAGCAAUCAUCACCACGGAAGCCACAGAUCUACAUCGAUCAGCUGUUUCGGAUUGCUGGCGAAACGAAGAAUGUGUUUGAUGAGCAGGCGAUCAAGGAUGAAAUUGAUACGAUCAUUCUGGGGGGUCAAGAGACGUCCGCCCUUACGCUGUCACACGUUGUACUGAUGUUGGCCAUCCAUCAGGAGGUACAGCAAAGGGUGUACGAUGAGCUGCUGACCGUGACUCGAGGAAGCCAGGAGGUACUGAACGAACAUCUGCCCCACCUGGUGUACAUGGAGAUGGUGCUGAAGGAAACGAUGCGACUAUUCCCCGUCGGUCCAAUGAUUGGCCGUCAGUGUACGGAGGAUACACAGAUUUCAACCACCGUUAUUCCCAAAGGGGUUACCGUGGUCCUCGGUAUCUUCAACAUCCAGCGCAAUCCGGACCACUGGGGCCCAAAGGCGGACCUGUUUGAUCCGGAAAACUUUAGCCCCGAAAGGAGCGCCGAUCGGCACCCGUACUGCUUUCUCCCGUUCAGUGCCGGCCCGCGGAACUGCAUCGGCUAUCGGUACGGUUUGAUGUCGAUGAAGGUGAUGCUGUGCCACUUGCUGCGAGCGUACAGGUUUUCCACCGAUCUGGCGAUGGAUCAGCUAACGCUAAAGCUAAACAUCACGCUCAAGAUCGCCAACAAGCACAUGGUGCGUAUAGUGCGGCGGCAAAACACGACAAAUGUAAAUACAGUUGACCUUCCGCACUGCUAG